AUGAAGUAUUUCCUCGCCAUCUUCUUCGCUUUCGCCGCCGCUGAACUGAAGCCGCUCAUUGUCGGCGGCUCAAAGGUCUCAAUCGAAGACUACCCCUACCAGAUCGCCCUCCUCUACGGCGGCUAUCGCAACUGCGGCGGCAGUAUCAUCAGCCGCAACCACGUUGUGACAGCCGCCCACUGCGUCUCCAGCGCUCGCGCCAGCGAGCUGAACAUCCGCGCCAAUUCCUCCCUCUGCGACUCCGGCGGAACAGUCGUGAACAUCUCCAGCAUUACCAUCCAUCCCAACUACUACGCACCAAGACUGGACAACGAUAUCGCCAUCUUGACCCUUGCCGAGAGUCUGACCUAUGGGCCUGGAAUCCAGCCCGUGGGCCUCCCUGAGCCCGGGUCAAACUUGAUUUCCAAUGGUAGAGAAGCCGUUGUCUCGUGUUGGGGCUCUAUAAGCGAAGGGGGCGCCUCGUCACCUAAGCUCCGGGCGGUAAAUGUGUCUGUGGUCAGUAUGGAGGAGUGUAGAGCGGAUUACCGAGGCCUGGGCCACAUCACUGAUAGUAUGUUCUGCGCGGGGGCUAUCGAUAGCGGGAAGAGCGCCUGCAAUGGUGAUAGUGGUGGUCCUGUCGUUGCGGAUAAAAUUCUGAUUGGGAUUGUUUCCUGGGGGCAUGGUUGUGCUGGGAGGGGGUAUCCUGAGGUUCACUCCAACAUGGCUUACCUGCGGAAUCUUAUUACACAGACUACUGGGCUAUGA